CUACAACUAAUUACAAUACUCCUGCAAGCUUUAACAUUAAAAGUUUGAAAUUUUCCAUAAAUUAGAGGGAAAUUUACAGAAUCGCAGAAACCCAACUUUGAAAAGUAGUUCAAUUUCUUAUUUAUCUGUUUCAAUUUUUGUAUGCUGAAGAAAUUUCAGAUUUUGAGCUAGUUCAGUUAGUUGUCACACAUAAAAUGCUUUAGACAAUGCAAAUACUAGACUUCAAAAAAUGGAGUGAACUUAUAAAUGCUCAAUCUAUUAAUGGAAAACAUGAUGAAGUUCUAAAAAUUUUCCUUUCCAAAUUAAAGCAUCCUUUUGGGUUUAAACCUGAUUAUCUUGUGCUGCAAACUGCUUUAAAAUCAUGUGCUACUAUUUCAUCUCUUAAUGUGGGCAGAGCUCUCCAUAGUUUGGUUGUUAAAUUGGGUCAUAUUUCCUGUCUUUCUGUAUCUAAGGGACUGCUUAAUGUGUAUGCUAAGGGUAAAGAUUUUGAUGAUUGUAAGAAGUUGUUUUACCAGAUGCCGAAAUAUGAUACUGUUGUUUGGAACAUUGUAUUGUCUGGGUUGUCUGGGUCCCAAGUACAUGAUGGAGAAGUGAUGAGAUUGGUGUAUGAUAUGCACACUUGCAAGGAAACUGAGCUGAGUCCUGUAAGCAUUGCUAUUGUUCUUCCUGUUUGUGCACGUUUGCGGGUUUUAAAUGCUGGUAGGAGUGUACAUUGUUAUGCUGUAAAGUCAGGGUGGGAGUCUGAAACACUUGUAGGGAAUUCACUUGUGUCGAUGUAUGCGAAAUGUGGGUUGGUCUAUGAUGGUGCGUAUGAAUCGUUUUGUGAGAUUAAUGAUAAAGAUGUUAUUUCGUGGAAUGCGUUGAUGGCUGGGUUUAUAGAGAAUGGGUUUUAUAAUGACGCUUGGGUGUUUUUUAGACGUAUGCUUUUGGGGCCUGUUUCCCCAAACUACGCGACGUUGACAAGUAUUUUACCUGUAUGUGCGAUGUUAGAUGGAGAUGAUGCUUACAGUUUGGGGAAAGAGUUGCAUGCUUACGCUCUUAAACAUAGUGAUCUGCAAAAAGAUGUUUUUAUUGUCAAUGCUCUAAUGAGCUUUUACUUGAGGAUGGGUGUAGUGGAAGGUGCAGAAGCCUUGUUUGAUGGGAUGGCAUCAAGGGAUCUUGUUUCAUGGAAUGUCCUUAUUGGUGGGUAUGCUUCAAACAAUGAGUAUUCUAAAGCAGUCCACUUGUUUCAGAAUCUUGUUUCAUCUCAGACGCUAGAGCCAGGCUCUGUCACUCUUAUAUCUGUCCUUCCUGCUUGUGCCCAUCUGCAAAAUCUGUGGAUGGUUAAGCAGAUUCAUGGAUUUAUUUCCCAAUAUCCAACUUUAUAUGAUGAUACAGCAGUUAGUAAUGCCCUGAUAAGCUCGUAUGCCAAAUGUAAUGAUCUUGAUUCAUCUUUUAGGACAUUUAUGAUAAGUUCUCAGAGGGACUUGAUCUCAUGGAAUUCACUGCUUGAUGCUUUUGCUGAGAGAGGAUGUGAAUUGCAGUUGCUUAAUCUUCUAUACCAGAUGUCUGAAGAGAGAGUAGGACCUGAUUCCAUCACUAUUUUAACUUUGAUUCAGUUUUAUGGUAGUAUUUCCAAAUUAUCUAAGAUUAAAGAAGCUCAUGGUUAUUUACUUAGGGCAUGUCUUUGUCAAAAUGAUACUCAACCUACCCUAGGUAAUGCUUUACUUGAUGCAUAUGCUAAAUGUGGCUGUGUGAAUUAUGCAAACAAGAUUUAUAAAAUAAAAUUGGGUGAAGGGAAGCUGAAGUGGAAUACAGAAAUACCAGGAUAUAUAAAUUGGAAUAUACAAGCAGGAGAAUGUAAAGAUUUGGAGGGUAUAUCUCAAACUCAUCGUACAACAUUUAACUUAAUGAUCCGUGCCUAUGUAGAGAAUAAUUGUCUUGAACAGGCUGUUGCUCUAUUGUUUGACUUGCAAGUUCAAGGUGUGAAGCCUGAUGCAAUGACCAUCAUGAGCAUUCUGCCCAUAUGUGUUAAAAUGGCUUCAGCCUAUUUGCUGAGGCAGUGCCAUGGAUACAUGGUCCGGGCUUGUAUAGAGGAUAUACAAUUGAAAGGAACUAUGAUCGACAUAUACUCAAAGUGUGGUUGUUUAAGCUUAGCUAACAAGCUUUUCUGGUCAAGUACUCACAAGGACCUAGUCAUGUUUACGGCUCUAAUUGGUGGGUAUGCCAUGCAUGGUAUGGGAAAAGAAGCACUUGUUCUGUUCAAGCACAUGCUUGUGUUGGGUUUGAGGCCAGAUCAUGUAGUUCUUACUGCUAUAUUGUCUGCCUGUAGUCAUGCCGGACUUGUGGAUGAGGGCUUGAAAUUUUUUGAUUCCAUAGAGAAGGUUUAUGGAAUGAAACCUACCAUGGAGCAAUAUGGCUGCGUUGUGGAUCUUCUUGCUCGACGAGGCAAAAUUAAGGACGCAUAUACUUUUGUCACUGAGAUGCCUGUGAAAGUGAAUUCAAACAUAUGGAGCUUAUUGCUUGGAGCAUGUAGGACAUAUCAUGAGGUGGAACUGAGUCAGAUUGUCGCUGAUCAACUUUUACGUUCAGAAGAUAGUGAUAUUGGGAGUUAUGUGGCAAUGUCAAAUCUUCAUGCAGCAGAAGAAAAGUGGGACAAUGUCUUGGAGAUUAGAAAAGUGAUGAAGACAAGAGAUUUGAAGAAGCCUGCUGGAUGUAGUUGGAUUGAAGUUGAUAGAAGGAGAAGAAUAUUUGUAUCUGGUGACUCUUCUCAUCCAGAGACAGAUGCAAUGUAUAACACAUUGAUGGCCUUGGAUAAAAAAGUUAAUGAGCCGCUCAAUUUUGAAUGAUUGCUCGUGGUGAAAAGGUAUUAUAUAACUUGGACUUUGGAUAAUUAGUAGAGUGUUUCCUGGUAUGGCUGGUCCUUUAACAUCUUCCUUUCUAGAGAGAAAAUUUUUCUAACAAACUGCUUAGCUUGGCUCAUCACUGCUGCAUGCUAGAUAUCUGCACAUCUUUGACAGUGAAAAGUGGAGUAGAAGAAGCUAGAUCACACAUGAAACACUUUUAUAGAGCUGUUUAUUGAAGUGGUUAGGCAGUUGGCUUCAUUACUUCCGAAGGCUGGCAACAAUAAGUAAUAUGUUGUAGUUAGUAAGUUUGUUCUAUGUGUUCACAUGUGACUGAUUAGAGGACUUGUAAAUUUACAUCUUACACAAACAGAUGGGUGGAAAAGGGAUGCUGUGCCUGGCUGUCUUCAUAUGCAAUUUGUCAGAGGUGGGAACGAAAUGAGGUGUUUGGAACUUCGAUUCUGGCACAUGAAAGGACUGAGAAUGAAAUUGCACCAGCCAGUUGUAUAAAUUGAUCCUCUCAUUGUCUUGUCGUUCUUUCCAAGGGUAUUGACCCUUGUGAACCAAAUCAGGUGCUCCUUUUCUUCUUAACAGUUUUUCUUCAUCUUCAAAGCCUUAUCUUUUUUUUGUUCCUUUUGUUUCUUUCUGUCCUUGUUUGGUUGCCAGAGAAAAGAGGGCACUUUACCAUCUUUGCAAAAUGUCCUUUGGUGUGUUAUCUCCACGUGUUCUCAGUCUGUUUGUCUAUCCCAUUCUAUUUUCUUGCUUUCUUGAAGAAACAAUGUUGUCUGUAAUCACUUAACUGUUUAUAUUUCCUUUUGUCUUCUUUCUAUAUCUCCUCCUUCAUCGACAUUUAAGUAAAGAUUUACCUCGCAAGCUUAUUAUUAAUAGAAUGGUUAGGUAUAUAUGGUGCUUGCAUGUGCAAGAUAUAUAUCUUGUCCAAUAUGUGAUGCCUUGCUCUCUGAGGCAAAUAAUAGUUAGUUUGCACUGGCAUUGCAUUACUUCAUUUGUUGAUAUGUUGGUUAUAAUGUUUGCUGAUAAUGAAGUAGGCUGUCAUAAGUUUUGCUUUGUCAGCUAAGUUUACCAAAGAGCUUUUUCUGUUUGCUUCAACUAACAUUACCAAUCUUAUUACCUUGGUUUGAUGUAUGACUUUAGCUCGGGUACCGCUAGUAGACCACUAUGCUGGAGUUCUCUAGCUUCAUCAUCUUAUGAAAUCUAAUAUUAGUUGAUUUGACUCGCAGAAUAGUUUAUGUGGAUGAUGAGUAAACUGAAACCCACGACUAUCAGCCAACAGCCAUUGUUUUUAAGGUCAUUGCUGAUAUGCUUUGUGAUCUGGGGCCGAUGCUUCACCUCUGCUUUCUCUUUCAACUAAAGAUAGGUUUGAGAAGCAUUUCGUCGGGGUGUUCAUAGGGCUUGUUCGAACAACCCUUAGAGGAGUAGUUACUUCGUGUGCUGCUUCUGAUGACCCUGUAAGCCGUUGGACAACAUCCUUGAAAGUCUCAGUGUCGGCUUGCACAAAAGUUGUGAAUUGUUUCGGAUCACUCACGAUCUUUUUUGCGGGCGUCUCCAUGUUGGGUUCAUCAAAUGCAGAGCAGAGCAGUCUUUUAUCUGGCAACCUUGGUUUCUGCAAGCAAUAGAACUUAUAGACAGCCAAGAAGUUCUGGAUUGAGCAUACCUCGAUACGACGAUAACUGAUCGAAAAACCCGGGAGUCUACAAAGCUGAACUCAUGCCUUCAUUCAUCUGUUUGAAGGGAAUGCAUAGGAGAGAGAGAAUAAGAGAAAGCAAGGAUAGACAGAAACUGGAAAAAAGGAGAGAUAGAAAGAUGGGAAGCAACAAAAGACGUUAAGAACUCAUAUUACAACUCAAGAAGGCAGUUGAGACAAAGCAAAUGCAACCGCAAAGCAAUGCAACCAGUUGUUGUGCUCACAUCACUCAUAUUGAAAGAAAGGAAAUCUUUUUUGGUCAUACUAUACAUAAUACAUUGGUAGGUUUUAUACUUCAUCUGUUUUGUAUUAGUCGCUACACUUCUCAAUUUACGGACUCUUAGGCAAUUUUUGGAAAAGAGAGAUAUAGAGUAAAAAGAAAAGGGACCCAUGUGAAAGGAGAGAGAUAGAGAGAGUUUAUGCCCAAAAAAGAAGUGUAGCAAGUAAUGUGAAACUUUCCACAAUAAAAAGUGUAGCGAAUAUUAUAAAACGGAGGAAGUAUUUGAUUAGUUGUAGAAUAAGUCCAUAAUGACUCUCGUCCUCAAAAUAACUGCCAAAAAAAAUACAGUAUGUAAAUUGGUUACCUUGAGUUAUUAUAUAGUUGUCAAUGAGUUGGUUAUGUGUGGUAAGAGAUGGAUAGGAAUGGUAUGGGUUUCUAAAAUGAGUAGUUAGUUUGAGCUGUUGAGGUUGUGAUGUUGACUCUUUUUGGACUCUUUUUAACUGCAAAAGUUUCUAUAUGGGCUUAACAAAAGUUGACAA